AUGACAUCAACAACUGAUAAUAGACAACCCACUAGUCUAUCACAAUCUCAACAACAACAACAACAACAACAACAACAGCCUAUAUCAUCUUUAACGAAAUUAUUAAAUGAAUCUUCAACUUCAAUUUCCAAAAAUCCUUCACAAAAUUCAUCUUCAACUAUAAAAGCAUCACAAUCAAGUUCAACUCCUAUAAUAUCAAAAAAUGAAGAUGAUAAUGAUAAUUCAACUGAUUUAGGGGAAAUUUCAAUACCGAAAAAGAAUCUAGAGAAACCAACAAUAGAUAUAACAAAUUUACAUAAUAAUAAUAAUAAUGAUCAUGAUAAUAAUACUCCUCAAGUCAUAAAUGGAUUUGAUCCUUCACCAAACACUAAAUCAUCUUCAUUUACCCCAACUUCCCCAUUUGCAAGACAAUCAUCACAUUCAUUUUCAAAUAAUCAUAUGUUUAAUUCAUCAAGAGCUGCAUCAAGUCCAAGAUAUUUAAGAAAUAAUUCAAUAAGUCAUUCAUCUUUUUCAAUAAAUAAUGGAGAAAGUCUAUCAACGUCAAUACCAUAUUGUGCACCUGGAGGUAGAGGAAAUUCCAUUACAAAUGGAUCAUCUAAUAGUAAUAUAGCAUCAUCAUUAUCAAAAGAAACUAAUUUUUUACCAACUAAUUCAAAUGAUUCUCAUAUUCCAAAUUUACCAAAUGGACAAUUUAUAAGUUCUAUUCAUAUACAAUCACCACAAGUUAAUUCAACUAAUAUAGAUUCAAGAUUUGUUAUAUCAAAACAAAGAAUUGCACAAGCUCAAGCUGCACAAUUAGGUAGUUCACAAAGAUCAGGUUCUCAAUCUGGUUUAUCAUAUUUUUUCUCAAGUAAAAAUAAACCAUCAAGAAAAGAUUCAUCAACUGAUUUAGGUUCAUUUUAUAAUAAUCUGUAUCAAGAUAAUAUUAAUGAAAUUUCAGGAUCUCCUUCAAGUUUUUCAUCUUCAGAUUCUGUAAUAUCAACAAAUACUUUUAAUGGAGGAGUUCCACCACAAAGCGGCUUUGGUAAUGGUGGUAGUACCAAUGCUCCUUCAAGACAUAAUUCAAUGUCAAAUUUAAAAAGAUUCUUUAAAAAAUCAACACCUACAAAUCAAUCAUCUCCUGCAACUUCUAAUUUAUCAUCCUCAUUAAGAUCAACUAAUGGAGUAGCAGCAGCAAAUGCAAUGAACAUUCCACCACCAUCCCCUUCAACUUCCCAAUCAUCAAUAAAUCCUUCAUCAUCAUUUUCAAAUUCACCUGGUGGAUCAACAAUUUCAAUUACUAGAUCAUCAACUUUGCAAAAUAAAAUUAAUUAUCAAGAAAGAAGAGGAUCAGUAUCUCUGGUUAUAAAUUCAAAUACUCAACAAUUACCAUUUUCAAAAAGAUAUGGUAAAUAUAGUGAAAGUUUAGGAGCAGGAGCAGGAGGUGCAGUAAAAUUAGUUAAUAGAUUAUCAGACAACAAGACAUUUGCAGUAAAAGAAUUUAGAACUAAAUAUCAAACUGAAAGUAAAAGAGAUUAUGCUAAAAAAAUUACAGGAGAAUAUUGUAUUGGAUCAACUUUAAAACAUCCAAAUAUUAUAGAAACUGUUGAAAUAUGUUAUGAUAAUGAUAGAAUUUUACAAGUUAUGGAAUAUUGUGAUUAUGAUUUAUUUGCAAUUGUAAUGUCAAAUAAAAUGUCAAGAGAAGAAAUUAAUUGUUGUUUUAAACAAAUUUUAUCAGGUGUACAUUAUUUACAUUCAAUGGGGUUAGCUCAUAGAGAUUUAAAAUUAGAUAAUUGUGUUAUUGAUAAAAGAGGUAUUGUUAAAAUUAUAGAUUUUGGUUCAGCAGUUGUUUUUUCUUAUCCUUUUAGUAAAAAUUUAAUUGAAUCUCAAGGUAUUGUUGGAUCAGAUCCUUAUUUAGCUCCAGAAGUUUGUGUUUUUAAUAAAUAUGAUCCAAGACCCGUUGAUGUUUGGUCAGCAGCUAUAAUAUUUUGUUGUAUGAUGCUUAAAAAAUUUCCAUGGAAAGUUCCAAAAUUAUCUGAUUCAAGUUUUAAAUUAUUUGCUUCAAGAGGUGAAUUUAUACCUAUAUCUGAAAUGUUGAAAAAGACUCCACAAGAUGUUGAAAAAACUGCAAGUAAUGGAUCUUCCGGUACAUUAAGUAAUUUAAAUGAUAUAAGUGAAGCUUUGGAGGAAGAUAUUAGUUCUACUAAACCAAAAAAUACAACCGAAGCAACAACAACAACAACAACUCCCUCAAAAGAUGCAAAAGAUCAUACAUCAAGUGAAACAGGAGUAAAUAGAUUAUUAUUAGCAUUACCAGAAGAUUGUCGAAAAUUAAUUGGAAGAAUGGUUGAAUUAGCUCCUGCAUGUAGAAUAACAAUAGAUGAAGUAUUUGAAGAUUCAUGGUUAAAAUCUAUUUGUAUGUGUACAGUUGAAGAAACUUUUGAUCAAAGUGGUAAAUUUGAAGUUUUAAAAUGUGAUGAUCAUGAACAUACUCAAGUUGAUCAAUCAAAAGCUCAUAUUGCUGCAUUUGAAAAGAAAAAAAAUAAGUAA